AUGACUGAUAAAAUCAACACUUCACGGAAGAAGUUACGCACAAAGACUGGUUGCUUUACAUGUAGACAAAGACGAAAGAAAUGCGAUGAAAAGUCCCCGAUCUGCGACUUGUGCCGAUCAUCUGGACGGAAAUGUAUAUGGCCAUCAGCCAGCGAUUUACUCGAUCGUCGUUACUCCCACCAUUGCAAUUCACGGCAUCAAGACCGGAGCCUGAAAGGACAAUUACCCGAACCCGAAGAUGAUGCUGAAAACUCUUUGAUACCCGGCGGCAGCUUCCAACCCAUCCAACAUAUUCUCUCCCCCUCCAGCCCAUCAACCACCUACGAGAUAGAUUCCGUCUGUCCAUUAGACCUCCUAUCGCAAGCCGCUACCGUACACCGCGUGCUCUCCAACCACCUAGAGCUCCGCGUCUCAGACCACUUCUCCGAUAAAUACUUUUCCCUCCUCCUACUGCCGGACUGCUACCGCGGAUUCCACGACGGCUGGCUCACUGAGAUAAAGCAGCUCAUGGUCACUCACAAGAGCCUAUACUACUCAGUUUUGGCUUGUGCUGCAUCACACAUAUUUCUCUCCGACUCCGUCUGGGAAAUGCAUCCCGUUGCAUUGUCCUAUUAUGCUGAAGGCGUGAAAGAACUUCAGCUUUUGCUUGGGAAAGUUGCUCAAUAUGAGAACCACGACGCGCUGCUCAUGUCUGUGAUGCUUCUUUAUCUCCACGGGUGCUUGGGAUGGGGCACGCGUAGUGAUGUUGCACAGCACGUCACUGCUGCGACUCGCAUAGUCACUCUGCGUCUGCUUCACAAGCCGGCCGGCAUCCAACGAUUGUUUGACAGACUCGCCCUCGAAAGUGUCAUCUACCAGCAGUUCCUACUCUCAACAGGUUUAUGGUCAGAAAGCAGUCAAUGCGACUUUGUGUUCGACCCGGAUUUCUGGGAUGGCGUGGAGAAGCUUCUCGACAGGUCAACACUCUUAUCGGGAGCGCCCUGGAAUGUUGAAAGCCCUGUCUUAGGAGUACCGUUGUCCUUCUUUCGUACAGCCAUGAUAUUGCGGGAUUGCUACCGUUCAGGUGUCAGUCUGGAACCAGAAGUCCUCAGGCGGAUACAGCAGGAGCUCCACGGAUACCGUUAG